AUGCACUUUUGCGUGCAGUCGGACAUACUCGUGACGUUAAUGAAUGAUUUCGUGAAUGAGAGUCGACCGGAAAACUUGAACAAGAAGUUGGCCAUUGUCGUGGAACAUCAAAUAAAAAUAAGAAAUUUCUUACAAUUGGUGCAGAAUGCCAUUCAGUGUCCGAGUUUAAUAGAAGUCCUGGGGUCUACUUUCAUGCUAUGCCUCAUAGGAUAUUACGUGAUCACGGAAUGGGAAAAUCAUAAUAUUGUUGGACUGUGCUCAGUUACCCUUGGGCUAACAAUGGUCUGUUUCAACAUAUUUAUAUAUUGCUACAUGGGCGAGCAAGUCGUCGAUCAGGGAGACAAAGUCGCAUUAACAGCAUGUACCUUGGAAUGGCAUCAUCUUCCGGAUGCAAAAGCGCGAUCAUUGAUUUUACUCAUAAUCAUUUCUAUAACUCCAUUAAGACUUAAAGCAGGAAAUAUCAUUGACCUGUCGCUCAAAACAUUUGGCAAUAUUAUUAGGAUGUCCGUUACAUAUUUAAAUCUUCUUCGAUCACUUGACUAAACUUAAAGAAUUAAUCGUGAUAUAUAGACUAGAACGUCUAUCUGUGUGUUCCUUGUUAACUCCUAAAUCCUUUGACCGAUCUGGACUAAAUUUUGCACAGUUACUCUCUAGAUCUCUGCGGAAAAUGUAGGUUACCAUGAAACCUGUAAACACCCUACUUUUUUCACAAAUAAUUUCAUCCCUUUGAGAUUUCGUUAAUCCCGAGCAAUACCAAGUAAU